AUGCUGCGGGAACUGAUUGCCUGGGUGUUGAACAACUACCUCGGGAAGUAUGUGGAAAAUCUCAACACAGCCCAGCUGACGGUGGCAUUGCUCUCGGGCCAGGUGGAGCUAGAAAAUCUUCCUCUGCGCAAGGAUACUCUGAGACACUUCGGUCUACCGCUGCAGCUCAUUACCGGCACGAUCGGAAAGGUGAAGCUAACGGUUCCGGUGCGAUCCUUUCGAACUGCCUCGUGGUGUCUGUACAUCGACGACGUGCAGGUCACGUGCGCUCCAAUUGACCUUAACCAGGACUGGAAUGCGGAUGUUGAGCAGCAAACUGAACUCGACCUGAAGGUAGCCUCUCUAGACCGGCUGGAAGCGAAAUGGCGGGCACAACGCGAAAGUCCCAUGACCGAGGGCAGCUACUACGCUUCGUCCUACAGCGGAUGGCUCAACUACGGCACCUCGCUGGUGACGAACAUCAUCGAGAACCUGCAGCUGACGGUGAACGGCAUACACGUGCGGUACGAGGAUGGGUUGACGGUGCCAAACCAGCGGUUUGCCUGUGGCAUCAAGAUCGAUUCCCUUUCGGCGCAGAGCUGCGACGCCAGCUGGCAGCCGGGCAAAACGACCAACUGGAACACGCAACAGGUCACGUUCAAGCUGGUAGAACUGACCAACUUCACCGUGUACUGGGAUCCACGGGCAGAGCACGAACAGGUGCCCAUUAUCAGUCCGAUCAGUGUGCGGGCGCAGUUGCGACGUGAUCGCAGCGAAACACCCUUACGAACCCGCAGCCGACCCCGGCUCGUUUGUGAUCUUAUUUGGGAGGAAAUUAAGAUAGCUCUAAGUGAUAUACAAUACAAUCAAAUGAUGCAAUGUGUCCGCGGGUUGGACGAUAUCGCACGCUUUCGUAGGUUUAAAUUGCAACGACCAGCGGGGUCGGUGGGCGAAUGCACCCGCGAUUGGUGGCGUUACGCCGUCCGGUGCCACGGGCUCUGUCGCCAUCUGGGGUCGGAUCCGUUCGAGAUAGCGCGGGAAAAUUUGCAGUACAUGCGCGAAUAUAUGCGGAUCCUCGCGAACCCAAACGAGGUGUUGACGAGUGCGAGCAAACAGUUCAAGGAUCGGAUAGAGCGCGAACGAACGUUCGAUGAAUUGCGGCUAUUGCGGGACAUUUGUAUGAUGCAGAUGCCAUCAAUAGAAAAAACCAACGCCGCCAGCUCUCCGAGCCAGACGGCCAAAUCAAUGCUCGUGUACUAUUUCCCGCAGUGGUGGUACAGCAACAACAAUAACAAUAGUCAUCAGCAAACACCGCCGGCGGGUGCGAGUGAGGGCGAAGUAACACCGUCGAGUGCAGGUUCGUUUGACGAAACCGGAAGCCAGCAGCUGGCACUGGAGGCCGGUUCCACCGAGGGUGGUUCCUAUUGGGGGCAGGAUGGUGAGCAGAGCCCUGGUAGUAGCAGCUUCGAGGACGAAAUCCUGGACGCUCUGGCCGGUUCGGUGGAGUCCAACUCGCUGCUCAAGCGGGACGCCGUGUUCGGGAAGUUCAACUUUAUCCUGAAGCGCGGUACGAUCGAUUUUUGCCGUGCGCUUGAGCAAACACCCAAGCUGCAGUUCCUGUUUCAGGAUCUCCAAAUGGAUGUUGAAUCGAGGCCGCGCAGUGGAUCGCAUUACGUUGGCUUAUCGUUGGGCUCUAUCCUGAUUAAGGACCGUCUGACGGUGAAUUCACAGUUUCCCGAUCUUGUCAAGCCGCAGCAGAAGGACGAAUUUAUCGCGAAGCCCGGAGUGGGACUUUCUUCUUCGCCCAGCCCUGCGUCGCUUGGUGGUCGUACACCUGCAAGGCUUAGCACGACAUCCCUUCCAGCGGAAGGUAGCUUUGGCGAUCCGAUUUUUCAGCUGCAGUACGAGCGGAAGCCCCUGUCCCACGAAACGGACUAUCGGUUGAUGGUGAAAUCAGAAUCGCUUGACAUAGUGUACAAUAUGGAUGCUGUGCGGUGGUUGGUGGAUUUCCUCGCCAAACCACACCAGCAGUACGAUGCACGACGGCGGUUGGAAGAUAUGAAAAACAAGACUAAACAAGAACUUAUGAAGAACUGGAACUACAUAAUCGAAGGGCACUUGAGUGAGCGCAAAACGUGGACGCUGGAGUUUGAUAUCUCGGCACCGCAGAUCAUUUUUGUGGACAAUUUUAGCGAUCGUAUCAACAGCACGAUCAUCGUGGUGGAUUUCGGACGUCUUCAGCUGACCAAUGGAGAGAACAGACCGGCUCCGGGCAAUGUGAGCAAUGUAUCGGCUAAUCCCGCAACGAGAUCCUCUAUUGCAUCGAAGACGAAUUACGGUGGUGGACGGGCUGACGGACAACGAGACAUUUCGCCCGAGGUUCAAACAGAAAACGAUGAUGACGAUGCAUUUAUGACACCCUGUGCGACACCACCAGGUUCACAAGUAAGCACGUCCAACUCGCCAACGAUGGAAAGUACGUUCUCUGAGAUUCCGGACUCUGGCACUAAUCAGACGGCAGCAGCAGCAGCCCCAACUGAUGCUUGGGGCGAAGCUCUAGACGAGCAUCAGCUGUAUCAGCGGCUGUACGAUCGCUACCACAUCCAGCUGACGGAUCUACAAGUGCUUGUCUGUCACGCCAAAGAACGCUGGUCUGCUGCCAGCCUAAAGGGUACGUCCAAUCUGCACGUUCUCGAUCGAUUCAGCAUUGUGUUGCAGGUUGAACGACGGGUUGUGUACACGAGUGAUCCCCAGUAUCCCAGUCUAACGUUGUCUGGCACGCUACCAAAGUUGAACGCACACAUCAACGAGUACAAGGUGUUUUCAAUAUUAACGUUGAUCAACAAACUUGCUAAGGCGAGUGGUGUCCCCAGUAGCCAAGGAUUUGCUCCUGUACCAGCAGUUCCGAUGGACAAACCAGAAACUUCCACAAGCACAAAGCCGCCCUCGUACGACCCAAACACGACGUUCGGUGUAAACGACGAGGACGCGUAUCAGGCGAGUUCUGGAUCGAACACCCCUGGGAAGGAAUCGAUUACGAACAUCGUAGUGUUUCAGUUCACGAUCGAUCAGAUGUCGCUCGAGGUGCAGUCACGUGGGCGCAGUGUCGCUGAGCUGCAAGUGUCCGGCGUGAAGGCUGGCUACAGUCAGCGUCCGGAGGACAUAAGCCUUACGCUGUCGGUACACGGAUUGCUGCUGGUAGAUGCAAUGCAAUCGUUCGGACAGGACUUCGAGCUAUUGAUUGCGAGUCAUCGCCAUGUUGGCAUGGACAGCUUGUCGGGAAGCCUUCGACAGAGUGAGCCUUGUUCGCCGUGUUCGCCUGCGUCACCGCCGGAUCCGACCAUGGACUAUCGACGACCAACUAGCCCGUUGACGAUUUCGAAAGCGUUGAGUAAUUUACAGCGAGCCAAUUCUCCCACAUGGAAUGCGGCCACAUUGGGUGAUCUAGAUGCACUGAUCACGGUGGAGAUCGUAUUUGUGACAGCGGAACGGCAGGAAGAUAAGCUACAGGUGGCCAACAUACAGUUCAACAACUUAGAUAUAAUCGCUAACCAAGAAACGAUCGUGGAGUUAUUGGGCUUUGUCAAACGUGUUAUACCGGCACCGGCACCCACCCCACCAGAACAAAGUGGUGGACAGUGGAACGACGGCAUGGAUGCGGGAGAGAAACCCGAUACGCCUACUCCAAAAGCAUCCGAUCAGGCAUCAUUUGUGACGCCUUCUGGCAAGAACCACCUGUCAUCCGAUGCGAGCUCUGCCAAAGAACCCGCCAGUCCCGUGCGGUUGGAAAUUACGUUCGAUUUUCACCGGCUAAACGUCCUUGUACUACGUGCGUUGAUCCGUGAUAAUUACCUUGUAGGACGAAAGGUGGGCACGUUCACGAUGUCCGAAGCGAAGAUACAUGCUACGCUUGGUAGCGAUAUUACCGUUGAAGGAUCACUGGGAGGCUUGCAGGUGCUGGACCUAACGCCGGAAGGCGUAAACCAUCAGCGCAUACUGUCGGUAGGAAAGGAUCCGCUAACCGAGCAGGCUACUACUGUACAUUCCGCACGCUUCGAUGCCGCAGAUUCGGCCGGACCGGAUUUGAUGACGAUGCUGGCGCAGGAAGUGUAUGGUAACGGCAUGGGAUCGAAAAACACCGACCAUCCCCACCAAACGACGGCAGACGGAAUGCACGAAGAAAGGCAGGCCCUUUCAUUCCGCGUGUCGAAGGACCUGCAUGCUUGCAUUGAUAUCCGCGUGAAGAUGGCCUCGGUGUGGUUCAUCCACUGUGCCCGUUUCAUGCAGGAGCUGAGCUGGUGCGCCACCGAGUUCAAGCACUACCUGAAGAAUCUGGCCCGCUCGAUUCGUGAGAAGGCAACGGACAUGGCCCUUGGGUUGGUGCAAUCACGAUCCGAAUUGUCCAGUAGUCGGCCAGAAAGCAUCUAUGCAUCGCCACGACGAGUACGGCGCCAGCGGACAGUAUCCUUGUCGAGGACUCAGGAUGUCCUGCUGAACUCGGACUACACACUCAAGGUGGACAUCACAUUGGACACACCUGUGCUUAUUCUUCCGCGGAGCAGUAGUAGCCCACAGGUACUCGUGGCACAUCUGGGACGAAUCACGAUCAGCAACACAGACGAAGCACCCCCUUCGUCGCCGGGAUCGUCGUCUCAGGAACGCAUUGUAGUGAAUGUUUUAGGGAGUCCUCCACCGAGCGCUCAUGAGGAGACAGCAACGGGUUUGUUGUUCAGUAUGACUGACCGCACGUCGGUUGAUUGGAACCUGAGCGAUUUGGACGGCAUUUACGAGCCCACAGAGGGUGUAACGGAGGGAAACAAUACGACGAGCGGACGGAUAAGGUUCGCAAAGGAAGAUUCGACUGAGUUCAUCGAUAGCAUCGCGAGAGAUGGAGCUCUCGGUGGAGACACGAGGGGCCACAGUGAGACAACCAAUCAGGAUCGAUAUAAGAUCGAUUUCCGAAAUAUCAAUCUGUACUCGCUAGACACAACCAAUCGGAAAGGAUUUCGGUUUUCUGGGCUGCCGCGAGCGGAGGAAUUUUAUUCAUGCAAGGAAAACGCAAUUCCAAUUAUCCACGACACAAUCUUUAGCUUGGAGAUCUGUCGCGAGCAAGGCGACAUGACAACGGAUGAUGAUGGGGACUACUUCCGCAUAGUAGGUUGUGUGGUGAAACCACUUCGGCUGUCGCUCAAACGGCAGCAGUACGAACAACUGUUGGAGACGAUCGAUAACCUGUUCAAGAUACCGAAGGAUCUAGUGCGCCCACCGAGCGAGGUGCCCACGACGCUCGAAAAGGUGUCAGAAAUCGCGGAGGAAUCACUGAACAGCUUCCCAAUUCCAUCCAAGGCCCGGCAGGGAUUGUUUUAUCAGUCCAGUCUCGACAUGAAUGCACGCUCGUCGGCGGGCGCUGGAUCGAGCACCUUUGGUGUACGAGUAAACUUUGAUUUGCCGGCCUUCAUCAUCCAGCUGAACGGGAACCGCAAUGAAGCGCUGGUGCAAAUAUCGUUUCGGGAUUUCUGUGUCGAUUUCGACAAGCGCAACCAGUACGAGACGCAUGUGAAAAUAUCGUUGCGCUCACUUCUCAUGGAGGAUCUGUUACAGUCGGAUACGGCGAAGAACCGCUACAUGGUGAUUUCAUCGGCCGAACGAGACUCGAACGAACGUUUGAACGCAUCCUCAUUUGCUUCCCAUUCCUGCCCGAAUCCAGUCGGGUUAAUGAAGCGAAUGACAGAUGAUGUACCUUGUUCGUUACCGACACACCUGCAAGAUCAAAUGGGAUUUUCAUUGUUGGCAGCGAACCGCACAAUUUGUCCCGAGACUCCUCCACCGUCUCCGUUAAUACAGCGACCUCCGGCGGGUUCCCAUUUGCAACCGGAAGAAAACCUCGUCAUUUACAACUCCGUUCUGGUGGAUCCAGCCUGCCCCACGUUCGCCACCCAGUUUGGCUCGCUGGAACAGUCCAGCUUGAUCGAUUUUAACAGCCUCGAUCUGAUCGUGUCGGUAGAGAGCUGGUUUGUGUUGUUGGACUUUUUUGGUCUAUUUUCCGAUGAUACAGAAGGAACGAGUCACUCCGAAAAGGCCUCUCAGCAACAAUUUCAAGCGUCAGGUGGGCGCGCGGAAGGUGGUGUGCCACGGAAGGACGAAGUGGAUUGCCAGACCGGCAGCUUUCUUAGUGAAUCGGCCGGAUCGCAGGGUGGUGGUCAGUCGAAACUAGAGAUAUCCGUGCGUUCGCUGAGCUUGGUCCUGGCGGAACCGAUGUGCGAAAUCGCAAAAGCCAACGUUUCGAACGUGCAGCUCACGAUCUCGAAGCGCGGCCAAGCGAAACAGGUUGCCGGAAGCCUCGGUUCGAUCACGCUGAGUGAUCUUACGCCAUACGGAACACUGUACAGGGAAAAAUUUAUGACGACCGGUAACGAGGCGCUUAAUUUCAAGUACGUACGUGACGCGGCUAAAGGUACGAAAAGGGGUCUUGAGAAGGAUGCUCAGCUUACGAUCGAAAUGUCCUCGGUGCGGUACAUUCACACGAAACGAUUCAUUGCGGAGAUACAGCUAUUUUUCAAGGAGUUUUCCCACCUGCAAACGCCCAUGUUGCGAAAGAUAAAACCAUCGGAAGGACGUACCUAUCAUAAUCAACGACCGACGCAACUGGGCUUAUCGAUUAAUGCCGGAGCUCCGAUCAUUCUACUUCCGAUGAGCUACAACAGUGAGCUGGUUAUCGUGGCCGAUCUGGGCGAAUUUACUCUCACGAACGAGUUCCGGUUGAGUGCAGGAGAUCGCGAAGUACUUGACGUGAUGCACGUGAACCUUUUCCACACUAAUAUUUUUGCGGCUCGGCUCGAAGCUCAAUCGGAGGAACGGUUCAGCAAGAUGCCGUCGACGUCAGUCAGUUCCGGGUGUGGCAUCGAUCUAAAGGGCUACCGGGUGGUAAUCCAAGGCUCCAGUUUGCUGAAGGAAAAGUGCCACUUGAAGCUGGAGGUAGAACGUAAUCUCGAUUCGUUGAGCAGUCAUUUUGUUCCGGACAUAAGCGUACACGGAACGCUGUCGAAGUUAGAUGCGCAGCUCGACCUACAGCAGUAUCGGUUGAUCCGCGGUUUCCUUUCGCACAAUCUCGGUGAAGCUAUCGACGAGCUGUACCUGCGUGCGUUUUCCAUCCCGAACAGCACGCUCAGUCUAAACACAGUUGACGCAUCUGACCAGCCGGAGGAUGUGUGGAAGAACCUGUCAAUUCAUCUCGAACUGCUCGACGUGUCGGUGAGGCUUGUACAAUCACCGGAUGAUACUUCACCUGAACCGCUCGCCUGCGUGAACUUCAUCAAAUCGAAGUUGCUGGUCGAUUGCUUCAGCGAUGGCGCGCAGGAUAUCGAUUUGGUGUCGCAAGAAAUUCAGCUGAUCGAUACGAGAUUUCUGCCGUCUGAAUGUGAUCCAUCGAGGCCACGACGUGCCGCUGGCAGCACGGAAGUACUGAACGUAUUCCCUCAAAUACUGCAGCCGAUCCGUGGCGAGCCAGGAACGGAGCUGGUGCAGGCGGAAAUUCACAGCCGACGGCGAAAAGAUUUGACCAAAUUUACCAUCUUGCUGAACAACAUGCGUCUAAUGGCGAUCCUGGAUUGGUUGGAAAGUGCACGUGACUUUAUUCUGCAGCAGGAGGAUCCUCCACCGCCACCUGUGCAACCGCUGUUAACCGUAGGUGUUGAUAGUGGUACCGGAGGACCGUGGACUGGCCGUUCCACGGAAACGGUCUUGCGAAACGUUUCUCAGCGGAUACCGGCACCUUCGGAGGAAAGCCGCAUGGAAUUAAAGCUCAACAUUACCGAUUCGGAGCUUGUGUUCGUGGAAAAAACUGAUCAACUUGAUACAAAUACGGUCAUUUUGAAGAGCACAACAGUCGUCUCGUACCGUCCGUUCGAGGUGAACAAAACACUGUCGAUCAACUUGAACAAUCUGGAAGUAUUUUCCUGCAUACUGGGAGCUGAAGAACGCACUGCACUUUCAAUCAUCGAUCCCGUCACUGUUAAUAUGGACGUGAAAAAGGGUGUCCUGGAGGUUCAAAUGCAGAAACAAUUAUGCAUUCGGUUGUCCUAUCACGAUGUACGGAUGUUCCGGCAGAUGUUGGAAUCGCUGCCCGAGCAGACGAAAAAUGCUCGAGACCACAAGCAGCAUCAACAGCAACAGCUGGAACGGCGGGCUAGCGAGCGCCACUCGAGGGGAGGAAGCCUAGAUUCGGUUGGUGAUGUCCCGCAGAUCAACUCCCGUGCGGUGGAGAAGUUGGUCCAUCUUGGUUUUCGACGCGACGAUUGUAUACUCGCAUUGGAACGCUGCAGUUACCAGCUAGACGAGGCCGCACUUUGGUUGACGCAGAACAAGGAACCGCGCAGGCACGACGAGCGCGGUCUCAUGCACAGCAACAGCGUGGGAAGUAAUGGCACCGGACCGGGAGGACGAAGCGAUUCCGGAGCGUUGCACAUCAGUUCAGUCGAGUUGAAGUCACCGUGCAUUUCGAUAUGUGUCAUCGACGAUUGUCGGGACGCGGAUGUGCCACUGGUGGAAUUUUCCCUUAGUAAGCUGGACCUUCGGCAGGAGCUGGGUCAAAAGAUGCAUGGUGGCCGCAUGGUUACACCGUCCGGUGACGCGACGUCGGAUGGUACGGAUCAUCAAGUGGCGGAUGCUCUUGCUGCGACCUUUGCCGGUUAUAACGCCGGGCGCAUGUCGGGUGUGUUCGCCGUCGACUACUACAAUCGCGUGUUGAGCGGUUGGGAGCCGAUGAUCGAACCCUGGAAGUUGGAGGCGAAAUGGGGCCACAGUCUAGCGAUCGACACGGAAUCACCGACGACAAAGGCGGGAGGCAAUCGGCUGAACAUGCGCGUCGAAAGCAAUGACACGCUGCGGCUGAACAUUACGAGUACGCUGAUCGAACUGUUCGCACUGGUGAAGGAUAACUGGUUGCAGGAUUACUACGUCGAGUCGGACGGUGCGAGCGGAAAAGCGAAUGGGUCGAAUGCGGUCAUCACACCGGCCGGUUAUCGUCAGCGAGCUCCAUUUAUACCGUUUGCGAUCAAGAACGAUACGGGCGCGCGGUUGUGGUACACGACGCUCAUCUCAUCGGAGCUUGUAUCGUCGAGCCGUGAACGUGGUGGCAUAGUCGGAUCGUUGCCAAACGUACCCGCCGAAGCUAGCUGGACGUUGGUGGAACCGGGCGGUGUGGCCACGUUUUCGUAUGGCACGCGCAACAAAGCCCGCCAUCGGGACAGUCACAAGCUUAACCUGCAUCAGAUAGCGGUGCGUGUCGAAGGCUGGCAUGAGGUUGGUCCGGUAUCGGUGGAUAGGGUCGGAACGUACUUCCGGCACGCACGUCCUGACCUGUGCGGUGGGAUGACGGAUUACACGCAAACACCACGUGCUCGCAUCGUGUUCGGCGUGACGAUGGAGGGCUCGGCUCAGAAGCUGAUCACCGUACGAUCGGCGUUGAAGCUCAUCAAUAAGCUUGAUCUGCCGGUGCUGGUGAAAAUGGAACACCUUUUCGGGCACCUGGGCAUACGCAUCUGGCCCGACACCAAAACGGCCAUCCUGCAUUCAAACGAGUCCCUUCACGUGCCCCUGACACACGUGCAUGCGGUGCUGUACUUCCGGCCGCUGCUCGGAACAGCGCUAGAGGAUGCCAUGAACUCGCUCACUCCGUCAGCACCGUCCCCUGUGCCUGGAUCGCAAGCUAGCAGCUCUAGCGACGGAUGGACGUUACUGCAGCGGUUCGACGUUCCCAAGUCGGUCACUCAUGGAGGCUUCCAGUUCACGGACCGGGGUGUGCAAUGGAGCGAAGCGAUUGAACCAGGCGAACUGUAUCAGGAGCUGCGCAGUUGCCGUGGGCCACGUGACAAAACGUGCAAAAUGCUGCUGGCGAUACGCAAAGAACCAUACCCAAGUAGGGACGUGAUACACCUUCCCGGGCACGUCAUCACGAUCCUUCCGCCGAUGCGCAUCCACAAUUUGUUACCUUGCGAUCUACUCUACCGUCUACCCUCCGGUAGCCAGGGGCGUAUCUCCUCCUCGGAGACGGCACGCAUCACGGAGGUGGACAUUGAGCAACCGAUCGAACUAUCCCUGACGCUUGACAGCUACCCGAACUCUGGUCAGAUCACGAUUCCGGCGGGCACGUACGGAGCCAUCACCGUCGACGUGCGAUUAUUUGACAUGGGCGGCCGGAUGUUGAAGCUCUCGGCAACGAUCGUCGUGUCAAGGGGUCGAGGCGUCCAAAUCUCGAUCGGGGCACCAUACUGGCUCGUAAACCGUACAGGACUUCCUCUAGUGUUCCGUCAGGACGAUCUCGAUAGCGAGUGCGCGGGCCAGUUUGGCGAAAACGAAGAGGCGCGUAUGAUCACACCGUUCAUGUUCGCAUUUAGCGAUCCGGGUUGUUCCGGAAGUGUGACGAUGCGAUUGGGCCGGCGUUUUGGGGCCACCCCAAGUUGGUGUCAACCGUUUAAGCUGGAGCAGGGCACGCAGCACCGUCAAUUGCGAAGCCCCUCGGAAACAUUCAUCAUAGGCAUCGAGGUCCGGCGUGCACGAGGGAAGUACGGCCAGACGUCUAUUGUGACCUUCUCGCCGCGAUACCAGCUGUACAAUCGGAGCAGCUACACCCUGCAAGUGCUGCAAAAGUGCCUCGUCAACAGCACAACCGUGUAUGAUCCGACAUCGGUUCGUCCUUCGUCGUCAUCUUCCUCGUCGUCGUACAUCGAGGCUGUGCCGGGCUGUCACAUUCCGUUCCAUUGGCCGCGGUUGGAGCGAGAGCACGAGUUGUGUGUCCGAUUGCCCGAGGUGCCCGAGUGCCUUUGGUCGGGCGGGAUUCCCAUCGCUGGCACGGGCCUAAGUCUGUACAUAAAUAUCCGCAACAUGAAUGGGGCGAUGCACUUCCUGCGCUUGGAAAUGAUCCUACACGGCGCCACGUACUUCAUGAUCUUCAGCGACGCACAAGCGUUGCCACCACCGAUCCGACUAGACAACUAUUCGCACGUGCCGAUCACGUUCGCCCAGGCGGACAUGAAAGCCACCUUUAAGACGGUGGUGCGCCCUCAGUGCUCGAUCGCUUACGUACUGGAUGAGCCGAAGGGUGCGCCCUACUUGCAGCUGGAAGCUCCCGGCGGUGACUACUCCAACUGCCGACUGGAUGGAUUCGAGCCGUUCCGGUUGAUGUACGAAAACUUCAUCUACAUCGCGUUCAGUCAGACGUUCGAGAUGGGCGCGGAAGCGGAUGGUCGCUUCGAGGUUCGCUCACAGCAGCUCGUCCUUGGCGUGGUGGAUGGCCGCGUGCUGCUGGUACGCAAGCAGACCGGUGACCGCUCCCAGCUGUGGCGCAUGAACAAUGAGAAGCAACUCGAACACGAGGGCACAUCACCACCGAGUGAACCAGGACGAAAGCAAUCACGUUACGUGCUUGAUCUCGAGAAACCACCUCAACCAUUGCACUGCAUCGGGCUUGUGGUUCGGCCAGCCAACCGGCAACGACGUUCGACACAAACGUGGCACUUUACGGAGGAUGGGCGAUUGAUGUGCGAACAUUCGAACAUGUGCGUGCAAGCACGUGGUGGCUUCUUUGGGCUGCGUGCCGGUUCCGAGGCCGUACUCGGCAUGUGCGUGUCCGACACGAAGGUGCUGACGCAGUGCGGUGUGCCGUUUGAGCAAGCGAUUGAGCGGCAAAAAUUGCGCCCCGGUUCCGGUUGCCUGUCGGUGUCGUACCGCAUGGACGGUCCCAUCAAAUCCAUCCAGAUCCGGGACGUGAAGGCUGGUGGCCGUGGUGAGUUGACGCUAGAUUCGAGCUGGAAGCACGUCUCGAACAUAUUCGGAGGUGGCCGCAGUGCGUCGUUCGAUGUUGCUGCUGGGUCAGGUGUCGCGCAGGACGUCUCGCAGGAAUACCACGUGCAGCUGAAGCUUCGCAAAGGCAUCGGACUGUCGUUGAUAUCGAACCAACCGUGCGAGGAGUUGGCCUACGUGACGCUGGAGAACAUACACAUGGAGUGCAUCCGCACGCCGGCGGUCAAUUCGUUGGAUUUUUCCGUCGGAGACAUGCAGAUCGACAACCAGCUGUUUGAGACGUCCUGCCCGAUCAUGCUGUACACGAUCCCGGCAUCGGUGGGCUCGAUGGUGGCCGGAUCAUCGCUGCAGCUGAACGUGAAGCAGCUUCCCUCACCGAACACAAACGCCGUCAUCUUCGAACACUUCAUUGUGAGCAUCCGACCGGUGGCAGUGUACUUGGAGGAGCGGCUCUUCCUGCGGUUGGUGAAGUUCUUCGGUUUCGCUAAAUCCACCGUCGAUCCGACGUCCCUGCCCGACGAAACGGACUACGAAGCGCAGAAGAUCGUUUACAAGGUGCUGGACAGCAACGUGACACGGUACUACUUUGGAGAUUUGCGCAUCAUCCCGGCCCAGAUUCGGCUCAGCUUUGUGACGGCGAGCAAGCUAACGUCCGAGUUCGCUGAAAUUAAGCGGAACCUUGGCUUUACGUUUAUUAAGUUUGAGGAUGCGGUCAUCAACUUCGAGCAGUUCGCACACCGGUACCAUUUCGAGACGUUGGACGCGUACUUGGGCGCGAUACGGGCACACUACAAGCAGGAGUUGAAAUGGCAAGCCGCUUCCAUCCUGGGAAGCGUGGACUUUCUUGGGAAUCCGCUCGGCUUUGCGAACGAUCUAUCCGAAGGCUUCUCGGGGCUAUUGCUCGAAGGUUCGAUCUCGUCGUUGGUGAAGAAUGUCACGCAUGGCAUCUCCAACUCGACUGCCAAGCUGACGGAAACCAUCUCGGAUGGGCUGGGCAAGGUGGUGUUCGAUGACGAGCACGUCGAGGCACGCCAGCGUAUCCUGGACGUGUCCGCCGGAAGUGGCAGCGUCUCGACCGGCGACCAUUUGGUGGCUGGAUUUCGUGGUUUCACAUUUGGACUGCUAGGAGGCGUGACGAGCAUUGUGAAACACACGUACCAGGGCACAGCAAACGAUGGUUUGUCCGGCUUCAUUACCGGACUCGGCAAAGGCCUGGUCGGCACGGUAACGAAACCCGUCAUCGGCGUGCUGGAUCUGGCAUCCGAGACUGCGAACGCGGUGCGAGAGCAGAGCAAGGGAUCGAACCGGAUCCUUCCGGAACGGAAACGACCGCCGCGCACGGUUACCGGUGCACCGGGCGGACUUCUCCCACCGUACUCGUACCUGCAAAGCACUGGUCAGCAGUACCUGUUCUUGAUCAAUAAGCGCAAUUUUAGCGAGCAGUUCAUGGCGUACGAGCCGUACCUGCUGGACACGAAGGAAUCGAAGAUGCGCCUGAUUGUGUCGACUGAAAACGUGUGGGGGUUCUCGAAGAACGACGAUACGACGAUGACCGUGUUUAACUAUCCGAUGAGCGAGAUCAUCUCCUGUCAACCGCUCACGGUGCAGGCGGUGGAUUCGUCUAGUGCCGGUUCCCAGGGGUCGGGUAGAUCCAGCAGCAAAUCGAAACCCGUUACGUAUAUCGAGUUCUGUCUGUCGCUGCCAUCAAAGUCGUCCCUCACGCCUAGUGCGCCGGAAAUGGUUAAACGACCACGUGCCCGCUGUCAAAGCGAGGAAAUUGCGAAGAAAAUUUGUUAUCAUAUAAACUUUGCCAAGUGUAUCUACGACGAGCGUGAACAAACGCUUAAUAUCAAUACUGUGAUCGAAUAGUGGCGCGGUGUGUGUAUGUGCGAUGUAGCUGGCCGCUUGUUUUAGUUGAGAGAUCCAAAGCAAUCCUUAAUCAAACUAACAGCACACCAAACACACUCCUCUCCUUCCUAGGAAUCGUCUUAUUGUGUUUUGUUUCUAAAUCUUAAACGAAAACAUGAACUAACAAACCAAAACAUCUGUGUUAUCGAACUCGAGCAGACUUGUUGAAUUUAUGUUUCCUUUUGCUAAGUAAGGUCGGUUUUUGUUAGGAUACAGGAAUUUCCCACCAGCCGGGACUUUUUUAUACCAUUGAAUUCAGGAACUGCUGUUUGUGAGAGUUCCUUUUGCGUAUAGUUUUGGUUUCUCUAUAUUGAAUUUUCUAACGUCGCAUUACUGGUUUGAUUUUUUUUCAUUUGCACCGGAGACA